AUGUUCCGCCUUUCCGCGUCCCUCGCGGCGGGGGUCGGGGCUGAGCCGCGCACUCGGAUCCGAGGCUUCGCGGUCAACGGCUUAUUUGCGGGCCCCGCCGCAGCCGACCCGGCUCUUCGGUGGAGAGACGAUGGUGGGCCGGAACAGCGCCAUCGCCGCCGGCGAAGAAAGAAACAAAAGCUUGCCAAGGAGAGAGCUGGGCUUUCCAAGUUACCUGACCUUAAAGAUGCUGAAGCCGUUCAGAAAUUCUUUCUAGAAGAAAUACAGCUUGGUGAAGAAUUACUAGCUCAAGGUGAAUACGAGAAGGGUGUGGACCACCUGACGAAUGCCAUUGCUGUGUGUGGGCAGCCGCAGCAGUUACUGCAGGUACUGCAGCAGACGCUCCCGCCGCCGGUGUUCCAGAUGCUUCUGACCAAGCUCCCAACGAUCAGUCAGAGAAUUGUAAGUGCUCAGAGCUUGGCUGAAGAUGAUGUGGAAUGAGAAACAAAUAUCAACAUAAUGAUAUCAAUUAAAACAUAUUUUUAAAAUCUUAA